AUGACUGGGGAUGUUAUUAGUUGGUUAAGUCAGUGUGCUAAAGACUUGUCAUUACCUCAGUUCGGAGAACUUCUGUUUUCUCUUUGGGGUGUUUGGAAGGAAAGAAACGAUAGAGUUUGGAAUCUUAAGAGGCUCAAGGCUUGGGAUGUUAGCUUGGGGAUUGUUUCUCGGUUGAAGGAGUUCAGAUUUCAUAAUCAUAAACCUCCCCGAUCCAAAUCUGUACACAGAGCAGUGUGGAGGGCACCCCAGAAAGGUGGAUUGGGUUUCGAAAUCAGAAACGAGACUGGAGUGAUGUUAGGAGGAGGGGCUUGGCCUGUGAGUGGUUUACUUUCUCCGGAACACGCUGAAAUUUUGGCAUGCAAAGCUGCAGUAGAGUUUGCAGGGGAGCACGGUUUUGGUCCAGCUAUACUGGAAACCGAUGCAUUGGAGGUUCAGCAUCAGCUCCCGAGGUGUGCUUUAGCUAACUUGUCGCUAUUGGGCAGAAUCUAUGAUGAUGUAGGGAUACUUUUGAAGUCCCAUAAUGUGGUGCAGGUGUUACAUGUCGAUCGGCAAGGAAAUGGGGUUGCGCAUGUGUUGGCUACCUAUGGUCACUCUCUUAGGCAGAAUGCGUUUUAUUUUUCAGUUCCAGAUUUCUUACAAGCUGUGAUUGCAACUGAGCUUUGUACUUUGUAG